ACCCUUCCUUCCAUGAAAUGAUACUCAACUAUUCUGCCGAAACCACCUUCUCUCUAAUUCGACUCUGUUGUAACCACCUUUCCCGUAAUCGGUGAUCACAGCAGCUAGACGCACGAUGUAUCGGUCUAGGGUAGCCUGGCUGGCAUAUGCCGCGGGGUUGGCUUCUACUACCAACGGCCAGCAAUCAGGAUGGGUGGAAGGCCAGGCAAAUACAACUAUGUGUAUCUGGUAUAACCAUCGGAUCGCUACGUUGAAAGACACCGUCUAUAUAGAUGGUGGCCAUCUAUAUUGGUCUCGGGGUAUGGCCGAUGGUUCAUUUCUCCCCCCCGAAGAUGAUCAAAAUCCUCUCGGUCUGAUAUACACCUUCAAUUUUAGUACUCCGUUUAACUCGAGUUCAAAUUUCACCGCUUUGCUUGGGAAUACAAUCUCAAAGGGGCUAAACGGCGGCCCUGCUAGUAAUGUCGGACCUAACUUCCUGGACGGAGCCAUGCUUCAUAAUAAUGACGAGUUCUUCCUCUACGGCGGUCUGCUUGCUCAGACAGACACGGCGUCCCCACCAGGGGGCGAAGACGUGCUCAACUACGAGGCGUCACAAUCCAGAGGUGAGACGGGGACCUUUAGACCAGGCUUUAUUAUCGAUGAGCUUCCCGAGGGCAUGACUCGGUACGUCGCAUAUGGGGGCGCUGUAAGCGCCCCAUCGGAGAACAAGGGUUGGUAUUUUGGCGGGUAUCGAUCGGAAUCCUGGGGUCCGAUCUAUGAGUAUACCGGCAACUCCUCUCUCGACCCGUCCAAUGUCUCGGACACUCUCAUCACACUUGAUAUGCGAGGGAAUCGGCAGGCGACCUGGAGUAAUGACACCCUUCCGCCGGGAAUCCCGGGCCGCGCAAACCCUUCGGUAGUAUGGGUUCCUGUCGGUGCCGAAGGCAUAUUAGUGGCGUUGGGAGGUGUCUCGUACCCAGGGUACGGGGUUGGAUCCGGGGAGGGACGGUCGCUGAACGCGGCACAGAGCAGGCGCGAUAGCCCAGGAUUCAUGGCAAAUGUCGACAUAUACGACAUUGCGGCCGACAGAUGGUAUCAACAACCUACCAUUGCCGGUCCGACUCAGCUGGCGAUGGGAUGUGCCGUUGUGGCUCCCGCCUCAGAUUACUCAAGUUUCAACAUAUACUAUUACGGUGGCUACGAUGGUCUAGACACAGACUCGGAUUUCAAUGAUGACGUGUGGAUCCUUUCGCUCCCGUCGUUUAUGUGGAUGAAGGUCUCUUCCGGUUCGCCUCAACACGCUCGAGCUGGGCAUCAUUGCGUCAUGCCCUACCCGGACCAGAUGAUUACGAUCGGUGGCCGCAGAUCCACUCAAGGCAACAGUCUACCCUGCGUCGGCGACGGUAAACUCUUCGACGUCUUCAACCUCACAUCUGGAAACUGGAUGGAGUCAUAUGACCCCACAAGUUGGAACGACUAUGGUGUACCCGAGAUGAUUCACCUGAUGAUCGGAGGCGACUAUGCUGGAGGCGCGACCAUGACUACCCCGACACCGACAGGCUGGGCCACGUCGGGGCUUGCCAGCGUCUUUGCCACCGCCUAUCCCACGACGAAGUUGGCGACGUAUUACCCCUACAGUUCAGUAGGCCCCGGUAACAGUACACGUGAAGACUAUGAAGCCAACCAAGGAGGGGGGGGGACACCUUCGUGGGUGGCGCCCGUAUUGGGCGUGGUCCUCGGUCUAGUUUUCGUCACGGCUGUUGUCGUGGCAGUCCUCCUAUACAGAAGGCGGAGGCUCCUUAAGAAGAGCGCCGGCAGCGACCAGUCGACAGACGAAAACGGGAACAGGGUAAGGACCUGGAUGGAGACCCAACAAGGUUACAAAGCUCCGACCGUUACAACAGAGGAUACUCGGACACAGUACGAAGAAAUGGAGAGCCGGGGCGUUACGCCGAUGCUCCCGCCGGGCCACCCUGAGAUGAGAAUGAUGGAGCCUGUUGAGAUGCCAGAUGGGCCUAUCUCCGAACACCAGAUUUCCGAAUUCCAAGUCGCCAACCGCCAAAUAGCUGAACUCCAAAGUGACUCAAGACGUGUCGAAUUACCAGUGCCGGACAACACAUACGGCCGCGGCAACCCGACGAAAUACGCAUACCUAGGCUCAAACCCUCAUCAGCUCUCCACGCCAGCCAGCCAACCCCAUUUCGGCAGCCAUGAUCAUCCCGCGAUCGCCGUGCCACCGGCCGCGUCCUUCAGCUCGCAGGAGCGGCCUGAUUCCCCCUCCCUCGGUGCCGACACUCGCUUUGACGCGAUUGCCAACGUGCUCCCCAAGCCGGCCCCCAGCCCUAUUAGCAUACCUCCUGCUGCUGCUGCUGCUGCUGCUGCGGCCGCCUCUCCAGAGGGCGCAGACAGCCACAACGCAGCAGCUGCAGCGGCUCCGUCGUCCGGCCCUCGCAAAGCGGUGGUCAGCGGACUCAGCGGCAUCAGCAGCCGGGACUCGGCGCACCUGCGGCAGAUCAGCGACGUGACGGUGAGCUCGGACGCGGGGAGCGCAGCGCCGCCGGCGUAUAACGAGGGCGCGGGCAACCAACAACAGCCACGCGGCAACGCCCCCGCCGAACCGCCGACGGCGAACCAAGCAGGCAGCGACUGGGACCGCGGCGACAGGGCGGGCGCGGGGAGCCCGCUUAGACGGAGCAUAUUCCACGAGGAUACGGGGGAUCUGGGGGGCCGGGGUCCGACGUCGUAAGGGAGGCCCAAGGGAGACUUCAAGGAGACGACCAGGGAGAACGACGCGAUAGGUUGCUUUGAGAAGGGGUUACUAGAACCAUCUUUUUUUCCCUUGGGCGGAAAAAGCAUCGGCGCAACAAAUUUCCCUUCAAGAUUUUUUUAAAGAUUUCCCUACCUCUAUUAUAUUUUG